AUGCCCGUGGAUCUCAGCCUAUCCCAGUCAUUGGGAGGGCUUCGAAUAGCGAAUCCUGAUGAUUCCCCUCUUCUAUCCGAGGGUACGACCGCUGGUUCUUCGGGACCCAGCCCAUCUGGACUCCCGGACGGUUCGGUAUCAACCCUUCCACAGGAUCCCGCGCCGAACGAUGACCGCCCAUCCGCUUUCCCUCCUGCACCCAUAGAAGCGCCUGCGUCGACCGAGAACGAGCACCGGGCUUCUGCCUUGUCUUCCCUCCCCGAUACACAACCACCUCUGUCCGGUCCCUACCAGGCGUACACGCCUCAGCAGCACUCAACACCUCCAAAUUCCAACCGCCCCCUUUCCUCCGUAUAUACGAAUGGGUCGACUUCCUCUGUGCUCCCCCGUGACACCUCUUACCGCAUACGAACUGAUUCCGGUGCCUCCUCGACAUCGGGCUCGCGCGUAGACAACCGAGGCGGAUCGGCGGCCCUCCAGGCAGGCGUCCCCGUGCGCGAUAGCUCUCACAGCGACCGGUCCUAUCGCACAGCACAGAUCCCAGCUAAUGGACCGGCAGUCAUGCGUCAGUCAUCUCGAGCGCAUGCCAGGAGUGGAGGGACAGCUCAGUUACAACGAUCGUCUUACGUGAUGGAGAACGGGACAAUGCCCAGCAGCGAAGACUGGCAAGACCGCGGUGCUGCAGUUUCUGUGCGGCAAGAGAUCGAUGCCAACGGCAAGACAGUCGCUCGCUACAUCAAAAAGGGUGUACGGGAUUUCUCAUUUAGCAAUACCCUUGGCGAAGGUUCCUAUAGUACCGUGGUGUUCGCGACGGACCGCCAGACUCUGAAGGAAUAUGCGAUCAAAAUCCUCGACAAACGACACAUCAUCAAGGAAAAGAAGGUCAAAUACGUGAAUAUCGAGAAGGACACCCUCAAUCGCUUGACCGACCACCCCGGCAUCGUCCGGCUUUACUACACCUUUCAGGAUGAGCGCUCGCUCUAUUUUGUGCUGGACUUGUGCAAAGGAGGAGAGCUGCUAGGCGUCCUCAAGCGGAUGUCUACCUUCGACGAGGAGUGCACUCGGUUCUAUGGCGCCCAGAUCCUCGACACAAUAGACUAUAUGCACAAGCGCGGAGUGAUUCAUCGGGAUUUGAAACCGGAAAAUGUUUUACUGGAUAGCCAGAUGUUCGUCAAAAUCACCGAUUUUGGGACGGCCAAGAUCCUCAAAAAUACUCGACGACCGGAUGAAAAUGCCAGCGCCAUGCCGCCUCUCGAUUCGACGGAACUCCCCGACGAGGAACGGGCGAGCUCCUUUGUGGGCACCGCCGAAUAUGUCAGUCCCGAACUUUUAACCGACAAGAACGCGUGCAAAGCCAGCGAUCUGUGGGCGUUUGGCUGCAUCAUAUACCAGCUGUUGGCGGGGCGACCGCCCUUCAAAGCGGGUAAUGAGUACCAGACUUUCCAAAAGAUCGUUGCGCUAGACUAUGAAUUCCCCAUUGGGUUUCCUACCGUCGCUCGUGACCUCGUCGAACGUCUUCUUGUCCUGGACCCGGCUCAACGUCUUCAGAUUGAACACAUUAAAAACCACGAAUUCUUUGAUGGGAUCACUUGGGGACCGGACCUGUGGAAACACAAAGCACCUCGCUUGAAGGCCUACGUCCCACCCCCGCGUGAGCCUAUCAAGCUCAACGGUAGCGGCGAGGGUGGUGAUAGCCUCCCUCCUGUUAUCUCGACAGCCCCUUCCAACGCACCCAAUGCCAGUUCCCGUGCGCUUCCACGCGUGGUGACAGAAUUGCCCCCACCGAGUCAGCUAGAUAUUGAGUGGUCGCCUGUGCUGAGCAAGUCGAACGAGCGAAUCUUGAAGCUUGGUAAUCUGGUGGUGCUAUCUUCGGCUGCAUCCCAUAGCCCGACAUCGAAAAACAGCAGCGGCGAGUUUGAGGCACCCAAGAAGUUCUCUCGUUUCUUUUCCGGCAGCGGGAUUAAAAAACGACACCGCUUGGUCAUGGUAACCUCGUCGGGCCGGAUCAUUCUGGCUGCAUCUGGCGGCGACACGAAGAAAGCAAAGCUUGAAAUUUCUCUCCUCGCUCCAGGGACGCACUACAAGACUAUGACUGAUUCGAAAGGACACUCAUCCUGGGUUGUUGAUACGAGGGACAAACAUUUUGUAUUCGAGGAUUCCAAGCCGUCCUCGAGCAACGUUGGGACCACGGCCGUAUCCGCUCAGGAGUGGCUGGACGCACUGGACAGAGCCCGAGAGAUGGCCGCGACACAGCAAACCAGCGGCCCUUAUUCGGCUGAUGAUGCCUUCCGAGACCUCUCGUCUGGCUUCUCGAGCCAUGCUAACACCCUUGACCGCGGCUCCGAACCCCAGACCGAAAGCAGUGGCCCGCCCCCACCGAGCCGGCACACUUUGGUCAAACAUCAGGCCACGGACUCGGAGUCAACUAAGGGAAAGAAGAGAUUUAGUCGGCGUCAUUCUAAGAACGGCCUUGCUGCUGUUUUCUAA